AUGUCCACACCCGUACAGCACAGUACCCUUGGUACUGUACGGCACAGCAGGUACCGGUACCCUUGGGUACAGUGCUAUCAAAUGGCACAAAAACCGUCCCGCGCGGAGGGCCACUCAGAUCACUUCUUCUGGCGAUAUGGACAACGUGAUUCGUACCCUUCUUCCUCGAAUUCUUACCCUGCGCUCCGGUGGAAGUUGGUUCCGAUGUCCUCACUCCUGAAAAGAGGAAUUCGUUUGUCUCCCGUACAUUGCGCGCACCUCCGUCCCUCCAGCGGCAAUUCCUUUCUCUCCUGCUCAAACUUUUUCGCAGUGUGCUCUCCACUCGAGAGAACCUUUUCAUCGCCUGUACGCUGA